AUGGCGUUUCAGUGGUGUCCAACAUCAAUGAAACUGCGCAUAUCUUCAGAAGAAAAACUUCUGGAAGGCCUCACUGCUCCAAAAGAAGUCCGCUUAGUCAACAUCGGGAGAUGUGUUGGAGAAACGGACAAUCUAAUCCGGACACUUAUUCUCAACAAAGAUGGAACCGGGACGCCAGCGCUAUUCAUACACGGGUUCGCCGCUGCCUUGACAACUUGGCUACUCAACAUUGACGCACUUGCAAGAGAUAGGCCAGUGAUCGUUAUUGAUGUUUUAAGCUUUGGCGGCAGCAGCCGACCCAAGUUCAGCAGUGAUGCUCGUGAAGCCGAGGAUCAAAUUGUCAAAUCGAUCGCGUUGUUGAUGACGACUAUUGGAUAUGAGAAAUUUAUUCUCAUCGGGCACAGCAUGGGAGGAUUUCUUUCGUCUGCCUUUGCUCUAAAACAUCCCGAUCGCGUUGUCCACCUGGUUUUGGCAGAUCCCUGGGGGUUUCCGGAUCCUGCUGAACCACCUGGGAACGAUGCAGCCCAACUCCACACACCUCUCUGGUGGAAACUUCUCGAUUUACUCCACCGCUUGGCUAAUCCACUGUUUCUUCUCCGAGCGGUCGGACCCUUUACAAUGACGAGAAGAUGUGGAAGCUACCUAUAUCGAAAGUUUGAGGGAGCGGUGGAAAACGCCGUUGAAACACUAUCCCAAUAUCUUUUCCAGUGCAAUGCACGUACCCCAACUGGAUAA